AUGCACGCAUUCGGCAGUAACCGGCGGAAGUCGUCUCAGCGCACCAAACGAUCCCGACCUUUCGGAAAGCUCACAAUAGAUACCAAAUGCGCGAACCAAGGCAGAACCUUUCCAUACGAAUCUCGUGUUCCAGGGUUGAGCUUUGUUAGCUUUGAAGAGUCCGAGGCUCGCAAAAACGCCAGUGUAGGCAGUGGUAGCCUCAAGCAACAGCUGGAGAACCGCACGCCGAUUCAGCCUGGGCCAAAGCGAACACUUCCGGCUCCAGUAGCACACGUGGCUCCUGUAAUCCCGGCACUUCCAGUACCUCAGAACAACCGUUCUGCUGCACAAAGCGAUGAACUCUCGCGACAGGACUUGCUGGCGGUGCCUCUCAACAAACGCAUCAAAGGGUUACGUCCUUUUCCACUCGACCUCAGCAACGAUGUUUCACCUUCUGACCAGGCUAUGACCAUUCGCAUGACUUUCUCACCGUCGACAGUCUCGAACUACACCAGGACACCCAACUCUCCAAUUCUCCCGCGCUCGCCCGAUGCCUGUCCACCAGUGAUUGUCAUUACGCCAGCAAAGGAGAGUUUCUCUCCGGACGCAUUGGCACGCAAGGCCCAGCAUCGGUCAGCCUCAAGCGUGUACUCCAGGUACACCAAUUGUAUGCCGAGAUCGUAUGGAGGCGACAAUGCUCCGCCGGUCCCUCCGCUCCCAUCGUUUGUCAGCACGAAAGCUCAGAAGUCUUGGUUUUCGGACUUCAGCAGGGGCUCUGGUAUCACCGCGUUCGAAGAAGAUCUUCCAUCAGCACGUUCUCAACAGGGGCCAGCAUCGACCGACUGUGAUGCUGUACACUUCAACAAUAGUGUUCGACAAUCGGCGCUGUCCGCGUCUGCCCUUCCGACACCACGACGCAGCAAAGGAUGGUGGAAUGUCAUAACAUCGCCAUUCUCCGCAAAGUCAGCAACCACACCAUUCUGGAGAUCUCCGUCUCCAAGAGAGACGAACGAGGAUGCCGAACCGAUCCUGGACAAGUCUGCGAGCAUGGGAAUUUCGCACGGUGGAGUCAUCUUCACCAACAGAACUUCGGAAGAUGAUGAGUUGCGUUCAGCUCCAGCUGCUGGUCCUAACACGUUGAUACAUGACGAUCUCAAACGAAUGCCGAAGCGAGCUGAUACAGCACCUGGAGCACUCGACAUGGACCCCGCGAAAGUGAACAUCUACAGGGUACCGAGUUCUGGUGAAGCUGCGGCAUAUUACAAUGCCACCAGAAUGUUCCCGAGUCUGUGUGGCAGCAGCACAUCGAGAGCUAUCGUCACGAGCGAUGGCGAUACCUGGAGCCCAUCGCAGAGCGUCUUCAUGCCCGAGCGUGACAUCAAACGCCGCUCUGUAGCCAACGGUUCAGAGCAUCAAUCGAUCAAUGGGGAUGAAAAGACGGAAGAAAAGCCGUUCAGCACGUCCACUGCGCCUGCUGUACCCCGUGGCAUUGCGGCUGGACCGACUAUCUUCUCAACUCCAUCUGAGGAUGAACUCCACAGCGCAGGCCUUUCGCGUGCCUUUCCCAAGCGCGGCUUGACAGAGGCAACCAUGACUUCGCAACUGUCUCCACUUUCCGCUACCCCAAUAGUUCAGGAUGCUCAGAUGGCUCGGUUUGCGGGCCCGCAGAUAGUUUUUGGCGAACAAAGGCAAGUUCAGGUUGAGCAACAGGCGCCGACACCCUCUCACUACGGCCUUGGCUUCGCGACUAUGGGUGCCGCUACCAUCGACCAUGAGUAUCAACAAACGACAAGUCGGUCCCAGGUUGAAUCCGGAAAGCAAGCUCCUCGACCUGUACACGUCAGGCAAGACUCGUACGGUCUGGGCAUAUCUGACGCCGAAACUGAUGUGUGGCCACCACCGCAAUCACUGUGUGAGAAGCCACGACUAGGGACAGAUCGCUUUGGCCAACUUACGGUGCGCAGCUUCGAUAUGGACAAGCCCUCGCGGCCGUGGUACCGGCGCUUCUUCUGGCCCCUGGCAGCAGGUGUAUCUGCUAUGCUUUUGCUGAUGAUCGUGCUCAUGGUCGUUUUCAUCCCGCAACAUCAUGCAGAUAUGCCAGUCCAGGCAUCAUGGGUCAACUUGACCGGGUUCCCUGCCCUGCCUGUGGGUAUAAGUACUGUUGUCGAGCCAAAGAGCACUCAAGCAAGAGAUACUUGUGUUGCUCCAAGCAAGAUGUGGAGCUGCGCGACACCUGGUCAAGAAAUUUCCAGCAUUCCCAACUUCCGUUUCGAGAUCAGGUUUCGCAACGGCACACUUCCCAAGAACGAGACCAUGGUGGAAAUAUCCAGCACUUCCACCACGAAGCGAUGGCAGGAUUCAAGUGCACUGCACAAAUUCAUCAGGAGGAGUCUGUGGUCAGACUACCUGUACUCUGCAUCUCCCUCGGCGCCCUCUCAGAGAGAUCAAGAGUUCCUGGGUCAGUACGCCGAUAACGUAAGCGCACCUUACAAUGGCGAAGAGACUCCCUUUUACAUGUCGCUGCUCAAUGCGGCUGCACUAUCUUCGCCCAGGUCAAAGCUACAAGUCAGAGAUGAGAGUUUCAGCUACCCUUACCCCGACGCAUCCGACGCAGGACAGACCAAUGCCUCAACGACGACAACAGAUGACAUCCCAAAUGCCACCAAGUUGGCUGAUGGCAAGCCGGUUGCGCAAGCAUUGUACCCACACGCAACCGCUCAACCUUUGCGUCUCUUCGAUCGUGGCAAAGACUCCGAACACUACGGCUUCUACACCUACUUCGACCGCUCGAUCUACAUCAACAGCCUCACGGCCAAUAUCUCAUCCAGCGAGAAGCUCACCAGCAACGUCGCCCUGGCAGAUGCCUCAGCAGUCUGCACCUUCUCACAAACGCGAUUCUUGGUCCAAAUCUGGACCCGCAAGCCCCUGAUCAACAACGACCCCAACAGUGCAAACUCCAUUACCUCAGCAUCCAACUCCACGGCCAACGACACGACAGCGCCCGGAUCAUUCCCAUACGCAGUGACCAUGACUCUCGACCGUCACGGCGGCAGCGCUUCCAAAAAGGGCGUCUACUGCUACGGCCUAGACUCGGAACACCACGUCGUGGACUCUGCCAAGAUCUGGCUCGCCGAAGACCGCGCGGCUGGGGGCACAAUCGUCAACGCGGCCAGUGUGCCAAGUGCAACAAGCAGCAGCAGCAGCAGCAGUACAGUUUCGAAGCGUGAUACAGAGUACAGCGGCAUCGACGGUGGGACAGGAGGUUGCGGAUGCGCUUGGCAGAAUUGGUCAUGA